AUGUGGGAUUCAAAGUCAACGCCGUUUAAGAAUGAGGCAUGGACGGAAUACGGGAUCGGAGUAGCUGUCAUCUUGCUACGAAUAGGUGCUCGUUUGAAAAUCGUGCGUUGGAACUGGCAUGGAGACGAUUUCGUUAUCAUUCUGGUGUUGCUGCUGUGGUCGGGGGAGCUUGCCAUGCUGGAGCUAAUAGGGCAAACGGGAACCAACAUCGGCUUAACAGAUGCCCAACGAGCUGCUCUUUCACCGGACGAUAUCGCAAGGCUGGAAUUUGGCACAAAAUGCAAUCUUGCCGGCUGGCUGAUGUAUACGACUCUCAUCUGGUCCCUUAAAGCAUGCAUGCUAUUCUUUUAUGCCCGGUUGACGAUUGGUCUAUACAAGGAGAGCAUGGUGAAGAUUGCUGCCAUAAUAUGUGCAUGUACAUAUGCAAUAAGCAUGAUCACCAUUCUUUCACACUGUCGCCCUAUCGAGAAGAAUUGGCAGGUCAAUCCAGACCCUGGAGAUAUAUGUACCUUGGGUAUCCCAAACUAUAUUGCGGUAGCUACAACAAACUUACUAAAACUUAUAAUUGGGCUCCUACUCUGCGGAGGUGUGUUUAUCAUGGCUGCAACUCUCCUUCGUUGUAUCUUGUCCAUACAGUCCAUCCAUGGUAUCAACAUCAGCACCAUCUGGGCUAUUCGAGAAAGUUUUGUUGCCAUUCUUGCUAUAAAUGCGCCGUGCAUAAAGCCAAUAUUCAGCCCUAGAGCUUGGACUAUCACUAGCGACGACUCUUCACCUAAAGAUAGCGAGAAUCAAUCUUCCAAUACCACGAGCAGCUAUCAACUCAGCAAAGUGCCAAGGAGUAGAUUUGAUCAGUUGUCCGUUCUCAGGACCGCUGAUGACCACUGUAGCGAAGAAUUAUCUCUUCCCUAUAACCAAGCACAAAUGGGAUUUGCUACCCAGGUUUCUAGCAACGGACGUGGGACCACUUCUUCUACGGGGAACCAGUCCCUGGAGAUCAACGACCCAGCGCAUGGGGGCAUAAAAGUAACCACAACUUAUGAUGUUACUCCUUCUAAACCCUUGGAGGUCAACCAUGUGCAUGGGCCAUGA